AUGGCUGCCUCGGAUGUCUACAAGAUCAGCAGAGCCCACAAUGACACUAUACUGCAACCACAUAUCAUCCGCAGAUUUGAAUCUUCAGCCCGGGUUAGGUCUUGCUCCUUGGAAGCCCUCUCGCUGAGCACCAGCGCCAAAGAGCGGCUCCCGUUUUGGGACAAGAACGAAAUGCUGUUCACCCUGGGCCACAUCUUGAUAAAGCCGGGAUACCCGAGAUCGACUGAGAAGCUCGCACUGUCAUCGGAAAGGGACGUCAAUGGCCAGUGUGGCUUAACCACAUCUAUACUAACCGCUGCUCGGCUGCACAAUGAAACCCACGAAGGCGCAGGAUUUCACUAUGCCCCCGCGGUCAACGGGUGUCUCAAUUUUGAUUUUGGAGAUUCGCAAGAGGCCAAAUCCAAGGUAGGGUUUGUUCAUCAUGUCAUUGGACCUUUAGAGGAAGCGUACCAGAUUUUACUCAUGAGCCGUCACAGCGCUGAUGACCAAAGGGCUGAGUAUCUACCUCUGGUUUGGGAGUGCUCCUACUGGUCUCGACUCGGUCUUCAUUUCAAGCUUUUCACCGGUUGUCUGAACUGA